AUUGAAUUUGGAAUCUCGGAGUGUACCACUUCACAUACUUAGUCAAAACAUGUGUUGGGAUUUAAAAGAUGACAGUGAACUCUUUUUGUUUAAAUAGAGUAGUGCAUGACCAGUUAUAACAUACAUAUCUCCAGUUGGCCAGUGAUUUUAACAUUUCCAUAAUUCUGAUGCAACUUAUUUUUUUGUUCAAAUUUUGAACCUACCUCUAAAUUCUAAUUCUAUGUUAUAUAUUGAGGGAUCCUUCAAAUUAUGGAGCUUUUUGAUUCUUCAAAGCACGGUACUCUCUCAGCCUUCUUCUCACACUACUCACCAUCAUUCAUAACGUAUCCAGGUACCCAUUUUCUUCUCAAACCGGUUUUCAUACGUGGGUUUUCUGGCUCAUUACACCUAGUUUUGAUAUUUGUGUUGCUCGUCUCUUGGGUGUGGAAGAAAUUCAAGGUGGGUGAAGGAGAGGGUCCAAAACAGAGGUUUGGGAGUAUUCAAAGUUGGUAUUAUAAGCUAACUUUACUCUGUUGUCUUGGUGUUUCUGGGCUCAGUCUUGCUUUUUGUUUAUUGAACUACUUCUAUUGGCAUAGAAAUGAUUGGUCUGAGGAAAAGCUAGUGACCCUUUUUGAUUUAGCCAUUAGAACACUUGCUUGGGGUGCUCUUUGUGUCUACUUGCAUACCCAGUUCUCUAAUUCUUCUGAAUCAAAGUUCCCAAAUUUAUUGAGAGUUUGGUGGGGUUCCUACUUUUCUAUCUCUUGCUAUUCCCUUGUGAUAGAUAUUCUUCUUUACAAGGAACACGUUUCCUUGUCCGUUCAAUCUUUAGUUUUUGAUGUUGUCUGCGUCAUCUCGGGUUUGUUCUUUAUAUAUGUGGGGUUUUUUGGGAAGAAAGAGGGCAGAAAUACCGUUCUUGAGGAACCCCUUUUGAAUGGUAAUGGUAAUGCCGAGUCAAAUAAUUCCAAAGGGGGUACACCUGUUACCCCUUAUUCAAAUGCUGGAAUUUUCAGUAUCCUUACUUUUUCUUGGAUGGGUCCUCUAAUUGCUCUUGGCAAUAAGAAGACAUUAGACCUUGAGGAUGUUCCUGAACUAUACAAGGGUGAUAGUGUAGUUGGGUCCUUUCCAAAUUUUAGAAAUAAACUUGAGGCGGAGUGUGGUGCGGAUGGCAGAGUUACCACAUUUCAUCUGGUGAAGGCAUUGAUAUUCUCAGUCUGGAAAGAUGUUGCCUGGACAGGAUUAUAUGCUAUAUUUUACACAUUGGCAUCUUAUGUCGGUCCAUAUCUAAUCGACACAUUUGUUCAAUACCUCUAUGGGCGGAGACAGUUCAAAAAUGAAGGCUAUGCUUUGGUUUCUGCAUUUAUGGUCAUGAAAGACGGAAGGAUUACUCAAGCGGGAAAGUUCAAUGACAUUCUUAAUUCAGGAACUGAUUUUAUGGAACUUGUGGGAGCACACGCGGAAGCUUUGUCCGUGCUUAAUUCUGCAGAGGUGGAGCCAGUUGAAAAAAUAAGCGUUAGUAAAGAAGAUGGAGAAUUUGCUAGUACUAGUGGGGUUGUCCAAAAAGUAGAAGACACUGAUGUUCAAAAUUCGAAAACAGAUGAUUUACCAAAAGGGCAGCUUGUUCAAGAAGAAGAGAGAGAGAAAGGUAGAGUUGGGUUCAAAAAAGAUGCAGAAUUUGCUAGUACUAGUGGGGUUGUCCAAAACGUAGAAGGCACUGAUGUUCAAAAGUCUAAAACAGAUGAUUUACCAAAAGGGCAGCUUGUUCAAGAAGAAGAGAGAGAGAAAGGUAGAGUUGGGUUGUCAGUCUACUGGAAGUAUAUCACCACAGCAUACGGAGGUGCUCUUGUUCCGUUUAUCUUGCUUGGACAGGUUCUCUUUCAGGUCCUUCAAAUUGGAAGCAAUUACUGGAUGGCUUGGGCAACUCCUGUUUCAGAGGAUGUGAAACCUGCUGUUGAAACCUCUACACUUCUAACUGUUUAUGUUGCUUUGGCUGUUGGAAGUUCUUUUUGUAUCCUCUUCAGGUCCACAUUGCUUGCAACAGCUGGGUACAAGACAGCCACUCUACUCUUUAGUAAAAUGCAUUUAUGCGUUUUCCGUGCUCCCAUGUCUUUCUUUGAUGCCACUCCAAGUGGACGAAUCCUAAACAGAGCUUCAACAGACCAAAAUGUAGUGGACUUGAACAUGCCGGGUCGAAUUGGGGCCCUUGCCAACUCAAUGAUCCAGCUUCUGGGAAUUAUUGCAGUGAUGUCGCAAGUUGCAUGGCAGGUCUUCAUCAUUUUUAUCCCUGUGAUUGCAAUCUGUAUCUGGUUACAGCAAUACUACAUAUCUUCAGCACGAGAACUAGCACGGUUGGUUGGAGUAUGCAAAGCUCCAGUGAUACAACACUUUGCUGAAACAAUUUCAGGGUCGACAACUAUUAGGAGCUUCGAUCAAGAAUCAAGAUUUAGAGAUACAAACAUGAAACUGAUGGAUGGUUAUGGUCGGCCUAAGUUUCAUACUGCGGCUGCAAUGGAAUGGCUAUGUUUUCGCUUGGAUAUGCUGUCAUCCAUCACUUUUGGGUUCUGUUUGGUUUUCUUGAUCUCUAUUCCAGCGGGGGUGAUUGAUCCAGGUGUUGCGGGCUUAGCUGUCACAUAUGGACUUAAUCUAAACAGAAUACAAGCGUCGGUUAUAUGGAAUCUUUGCAAUGUGGAGAACAGAAUAAUAUCAGUGGAGAGAUUACUACAGUACACUACCAUUCCCAGUGAGCCUCCUCUUGUAAUAGAAUCGAAUCAGCCAGAUCGUUCUUGGCCAUUACGUGGAAAAGUUGACAUACAUGAUCUUCAGGUCCGGUAUGCCCCACACAUGCCGCUUGUGUUGCGAGGUAUCACAUGUACCUUUCCUGGAGGAAUGAAAAGUGGGGUUGUGGGUAGAACUGGCAGUGGCAAAUCGACUCUCAUACAGACCCUUUUCCGAAUUGUGGAUCCUGCUUCUGGCCAGAUUUUGAUAGAUGGUAUUGAUAUAUCUUCAAUUGGACUGCAUGAUCUAAGUAUGGUUGCUGCAGUUAGUGAGAAUGGAGAGAACUGGAGUAUGGGUCAGAGGCAGUUGCUCUGCCUUGGCCGUGUGCUGCUCAAGAAAAGUAAGGUCUUGGUGCUUGACGAAGCUACCGCGUCGAUCGAUACAGCUACAGAUAAUCUCAUCCAGCAGACCCUUCGCCAACACUUUACUGACUGUACAGUCAUCACUAUUGCACAUCGUAUAACUUCUGUUCUUGAUAGUGACAUGGUUCUGCUUCUGAGUCAUGGGCUUAUUGAGGAAUAUGAUUCUCCUGCAACAUUGCUAGAGAACAAGUCGUCAUCUUUUGCUCAGCUUGUGGCAGAGUACACUAUGAGGUCGAAUUCCAGUUUUGAGUAGUUUGACUGACAAUUGAAAUUCCAAAUCUUCUUUAUGAACUACUCAACUGGUUAGCUGUUUUGAUAAUGACGAAACAUAGGCGGUGAGGUGCAAAGUGAUAGAACCGGGUGAUCAAGUGCAAAGUGUAUUUUAGGAUAUAUUCUGCUGCAAA